GUUUAGUCUGCCAACUGAAUCAAUCCUCAAAUCAGUAUAACUACCCGAUAACGGCCGAGUGGGCACUGUAUAUAUAUCUGAUUGAAUUUGGCGAGCUUCUUUGCAUACUCUUAUCAUGAGCUUAUGCUUCCUCUGCUCAAAUUUAAACCCUUUAAUUUUACAAUCCGAACCCCAUUUUCGAUGGGUUCCCAAACCUACCCGGCAGCUCCGAAUUAUUCAGCAAAGACAAGCAAAGCGCGCUUUUUGUGGUUCAAUUAGGGCUUUGGAAGAUGGAAUCGGAGUCUUAUCGCCCGACGAUACCGUUUCGGUUCGCAAUCCGGUGAUUGAGACCGGAGAUGAAGAUGAAGCGGAAGAUUUUCACCAAGGGUUCAAUGGAGCUGCAAGUACCGAAGCAGAAGAAAAUUCUCAAACCUCGGUGUUGAAGAAGAUCGAGAGGAAGAAAGGGGCGCAGGUGGAGGAGAAUGAUGAUUCUGAUGGCCGGUUCACGCUACGUAAUGGAAGAGAGGUUUUUGAAGAGAAAGCCUAUCUAGUGGGAGUUGCGUGCAAAAACAAUAUUGAUGAUUCAUUUGGUAUAGACGAAUCACUGAAAGAGCUGGCCCAACUGGCUGACACUGCUGGACUACUUGUUGUUGGUUCUACAUAUCAAAAACUAUCCACUCCAAAUCCUAGGACAUAUAUAGGGUCUGGUAAAGUUGCAGAAAUAAAAAGUGCAAUCCAUGCGUUUGAAGUUGAGACUGUAAUAUUUGAUGAUGAACUUUCACCAGGGCAGUUGCGUAAUUUGGAGAAAGCUUUUGGUGGAGAUGUCCGAGUGUGUGAUCGCACGGCUCUUAUUUUGGAUAUCUUUAAUCAACGGGCAGCCACUCGUGAAGCUUCUUUACAGGUUUCACUGGCACAAAUGGAGUACCAAUUACCACGGCUAACAAGAAUGUGGACUCACCUUGAGCGUCAAUCUGGAGGGCAGGUCAAAGGUAUGGGAGAGAAACAAAUUGAAGUCGACAAGCGUAUUCUACGUACUCAAAUUGGUGUUCUCAAGAAAGAGCUAGAAUCUGUUCGAAAGCAUCGAAAACAGUACAGAAACCGACGCACCUCCGUUCCUGUCCCUGUAGUGUCUUUGGUUGGAUACACAAAUGCUGGCAAGAGUACACUACUGAAUAGAUUGACAGGGGCCGAUGUUCUUGCUGAGGAUAAAUUAUUUGCCACACUUGAUCCUACAACAAGAAGGGUGCAGAUGAAGAAUGGAAAAGAGUUCCUCCUGACAGAUACAGUAGGGUUCAUUCAAAAGUUACCGACAACACUGGUUGCAGCCUUCAGGGCAACAUUGGAAGAAAUCUCUGAAUCAUCGCUUAUGGUGCAUUUGGUGGACAUCAGUCAUCCUCUGGCAGAGCAACAUAUUGAAGCUGUGGAUAAAGUUCUUUCAGAACUUGAUGCAUCUUCAAUCCCAAAGUUGAUGGUAUGGAAUAAGGUUGAUAAAGCUGCAGAUCCUGAAAAGAUCAAGUUGGAAGCUAAGCAAAAAGAUGUCAUUUGUAUAUCCGCUUUGACUGGUGAAGGGUUAAACGACUUUUGUGAUGCUGUUCAGAAUAAGCUGAAGGAUACUAUGGUUUGGGUAGAAGCGUUGAUACCCUUUGAUAAGGGGGAACUCCUCAGCACCAUACACCAAGUUGGAAUGGUUGACAGAACGGAAUACACGGCAAAUGGAACCUUGGUGAGAGCAUACGUGCCCCUCCGUUUUGCCAGGAUUCUCACCCCGAUGAGGCAAAUGUGUGUGUCGUAACAUCUUCCUCCCAUCAGAAUCCAGAUUUCGUGACAAUGCCUCAUUAUCAAGAUUAGUUCAAAGCUCGUGUACGGUGUACAUAAUUGGAUUACUGUUGCGUGUGUAAAUAUAUUGACACAUUUGUAUUUAUGUAUAUGUAUUCUCUCUCAGAUCCUUUCUAAGGUGAUAUUCUCUGUAUGUUGAAGAGUGCAGACAUCAAUAUAAGCUUUCCUCUAUGAUUCAGUCUA